AUGGCUUUGGAGAACAGUGCAGAGAUAGUUGUGGAAAUUCAAGACAUAGAUGUGGAACCUCACGGUGCCGAGGGUGUUCGCAUCCAAGCUCAGGGUGCCAACGGUGUUUGCAUCCAAGCUCAGGGGCUCAUGCUGUACAGAGUGCCAGAGCAUGUGCGGCGCGGGAGGAAUCACAUUUAUGAGCCACAAGUUGUUCCCCUUGGCCCAUACCACCACCGCGAGCAUCCAGAACGAGAGCUAGUGGAGCCGCUCAAGAACGAGCUACGUGUUAUAUUUUGCGGAGACCGAGAAAGCUCCCUUUUGAAGCAGAUCCAUGAGCGGAUAGGCGAAAUCCGCCAUUUCUAUGGCGGAGCAGAUGGCUACAACGACAAGGAAUUGGCUGAAAUGAUGCUCCGCGACGCCUGCUUCCUCAUCGGCUACAUGCAUGGAGGUGAUUGUUUCCCCUUAAUUAGCCAACGCCUGGGAAUGAUGAGGAGUUUGUUGAUGUAUGGAGAUAUGAGAAUGCUGGAGAAUCAGAUUCCGUUUUGGCUCAUCUCCUUAAUACACCCGCAUCCCCAAUCAUUCCUGUGCAACUACAUGAACCUCAUUGUUUUUGGGGAUAGCAGGCCGGGACAAGCAAACGGAGGAGAAGAGCCUAUUGCUGCUUUCGGUGGUUACAAAAGGAUCACACAACUUCCAUGGGAAAACGGAAGGGGAGAAGAGCCUCUUCAUCUACUCGAAGCUUCACGCCAAACCCUCCUCAGCCUCGCUGGCAACCAAGAAAAUUGGGUAGCGAAGGAAAGCUCAGUAACUGUGUGGCAAAUGGUGAACAGUCCGUUUCGGUCGGCGACGGAUCUUAAAGCAAAAGGCAUCCGUUUCGGGCGGAGUUCUCAUUGCUUGACGGACAUCAAGUUCUCCUCCUUCGCCUUCUACGCUGAACUCCAACUUCCUUCCUUCUACCUCACCAAAAAAGCCAAUGUUUACUACUCCAAUAUUCUCGCGUUCGAGAUGUCUCCUGAGAGGCACACAAACUACGCCGUGACGACUUACUUGAACUUCAUGAAAGCGCUGAUCCACAAUGCGAAUGAUGUAAAGGUGUUGCGGGAGAAAGGCAUACUGUACGGCUCUUUGACUAGCGAUGACGAAGUGGUUGAAAUGUUUAAAAGCAUCGAAACUUAUGGAUGCUCAAACCGAAAACACGGCCUUUUCCGUGACGUGAAGAUGAGGAUUGAUGAGCACUGCAACAGCAAAGCGAGGACGUGGAUGGCCGACCUCAUGAAAACCAAUUUUCGGAGUCCGUGGAGUGUUAUAGCUCUCGUCGCCGCCGCUCUUCUGAUAUGCCUCACUUUUUUGCAAACUUUCUACACAAUCAAUCCACACAAUUGA